AUGAUGAGCACGCUGGUCCCGCACGACGUUCUCUGCCUCGUCCGCGCCGUCCGCAACGGCGCCUUCUAUGGCACCAAGAUCCGCGCGCCCCACGCGCUGGUCAUGGUGCUGCUCUUCCAGAAGAAACCGCUGCGCGACCAGCUCCGUGCGAUCAUCAAGCUCACGUACGAGCACACGAAGAACUUGGCGUGCUUUGUCGGUGUCUACAAGACGUCGCUGCUUGCGCUCAAGGCGAUGCAUGGCGGCGCGACGGCCACGAGCGCGGGCUUGAACCCGGUCGUGCCAUGGCACGCGGCGGCCGCCGGCGCGAUCGGCGGGUAUGCGAUCUGGUCCAAGUACUCGAACAUCAACUACCAGAUCGUCAUGUAUCUCUUCUCGCGCGUCCUCAUCGGCCUCGUCAAGCUCCUUAGCGCCAAGGGCGCGCCGAUCCUCCGCGACUAUGCGUUCCCCGAGGUCUACCCCGUGCUCGCGUGCGCUACGUGGGCCAUUGUCAUGUGGCUCUUCGAGUGCCAUGGCCACGUGCUGCACCCGUCGCUCAAGAAGAGCAUGGACUUUCUGUACCACGACGCCAACUCAUGGGACUCGAUCCAAGACUUUCUGCCGUCGCCCGCGACCGUCGCCGUGUGCGCGCUCACGUGGCUGAACUUUUAA